CCAGGCAUCGUAGGGAGGUAGAAGCAGUCCCUGCGAGCUCUCCGUACAAUCACAGCACUUCUCUGACAACAGACGCACAAUGGGGGUCGGAUCAUGUACUUCCAAAACCUUUCUCAUCCUCAUCAGCCUCAUCUUCCUGGCGGCUGCAGCUGCACUGGCAUAUGUCGGGAUUAAUGCUAUUGUUACCUACAAGCAGUAUGAGAAUGUGGUUGGGAACAUGUAUGUGAUGCUUCCAGCCGUGAUCAUUCUAUGUGUAGCGGUGUUCAUGCUCAUUAUCGGAUGCCUUGGCUUCUGCUCCACCAUUCAGGAAUCCUGCUGCGGACUGGGAUGUUUCAUCACCCUGAUAUCCAUCAUAUUAGUGGCUGGAGUGGCUUCUCUUGUGUUGGGACUCGUAUACAAAGAUAAGAUUAAUCCAGAGCUGGAGAAAAACAUGGACAUCUUAUUUAAGAGUUACGAUGGAAAAAAUAUAGACAGUUCAGGAGUGGACUUCAUCCAGGAGGAGUUGCAUUGCUGCGGAAUAAAGAACUACACCAGCUGGCAGAACACAACCUGGUUUAAAACUAAUCACACAGUGCCCAAAAGCUGCUGUAUGAAAAAUGCCACUCAUUGUACUGGAGACCUGAAGGAGCUUGACCAGAUCUACACGAAGGGCUGUGAGGCUGAAGUAGAGGACUUGCUACAAAGAGUCCUCGGCGUGUCCAUGCUGAUCAUUCUUGGCUUUGUGAUCGUUGAGCUCAUUUGUUUGAUAAGCCUGUGCGUGGUCUAUCGCAAGAGAAAUUCUUGGGGAUAUGAGACGCUCUAGAAGGAGGCAACAUACAUCCGGCAUGUGAACGAACUCUCAGAACAUCGCA